GUCUAAACAUAACCGGAUCUAUCUGAGACCGCCGUUACUUAGGUUUACUAGCUAAAAGAGCUUCUUCUCUUUCUCAGCCUCUCUGCUUCGUCUUUCUCCUCUAUCUCUGACUCUUCGCGAAAACCCUAAUUAGCUUUGUGGUCUUGUUGUUUUCGCCAUGGAAGACGACGGCAAGAGCAACCCCAAGUUACCGAUUCCUGGCAAGAGAAAUAUAUUAAUCACCAGUGCUUUACCUUACGUCAACAACGUUCCUCAUCUCGGAAACAUCAUCGGAUGUGUUCUUAGUGCUGAUGUGUAUGCUAGAUACUGUCGUCUCCGUGGCUAUAAUGCGAUAUAUAUAUGUGGAACCGAUGAAUAUGGGACUGCAACUGAGACCAAAGCUUUGGAGGAGAAUUGCACUCCCAAGGAAAUUUGUGACAAGUACCAUGCCAUUCAUAAAGAAGUUUAUGACUGGUUUGAUAUAAGUUUUGACAAGUUUGGGCGAACUUCAACUCCAGAACAGACUGAAGUGUGUCAAGCAAUUUUCAAGAAGUUGUGGGAUAACAAGUGGCUUUCAGAGAACACCAUGCAGCAGCUUUACUGCGAUACAUGCAAGAAGUUCUUAGCUGACCGGCUUGUUGAGGGUUCUUGUCCGUUUGAAGGAUGUAAUUAUGAUUCUGCUCGUGGAGAUCAGUGCGAAAAAUGUGGAAAGCUCCUGAAUCCUACUGAACUUAAAGAUCCAAAGUGCAAGGUCUGUCAAAACACACCCCGAAUUCGUGACACAGACCACCUGUUUAUUGAGCUUCCGUUACUGAAAGAUAGGUUGGAAAAGUAUAUUAACGAGACCUCUGUUGCUGGAUCUUGGAGUCAAAAUGCUAUUCAAACGACAAAUGCAUGGCUUAGGGAUGGGCUUAGACAGAGAUGCAUUACAAGGGAUCUUAAGUGGGGAGUGCCUGUCCCACAUGAGAAAUAUAAGGAGAAAGUCUUCUAUGUUUGGUUUGAUGCUCCUAUUGGAUACGUCUCAAUAACGUCAUGCUACACAUCUGAAUGGGAGAAGUGGUGGAAGAAUCCUGAGAAUGUUGAGCUUUAUCAGUUUAUGGGGAAAGACAAUGUGCCAUUUCACACUGUGAUGUUUCCCUCUACCCAGCUUGGAACUGGGGAAAAUUGGACACUGAUGAAGACAAUCAGUGUGACUGAAUAUUUAAACUACGAAGACGGAAAGUUCUCCAAGAGUAAAGGUGUUGGAGUGUUUGGUAAUGAUGUAAAAGAUACAAAUAUACCUGUCGAAGUAUGGAGAUACUACUUGCUGACCAACAGGCCUGAGGUGUCUGACACAUCGUUUUCAUGGACUGAUUUGCAAGCAAAACUGAAUGGCGAGUUGCUGAACAACCUAGGCAACUUUGUUAAUCGAGUUCUGAGUUUUAUAGCAAAGCCUAAUAAUGCAGGUUAUGGGUCAGUCAUUCCUGAUGCUCAUGAUGCUGAAUCUCAUCCUUUAACAAAAUCACUGGCGGAAAAGGUUGAAAAGUUUGUGGCAGAGUAUGUUGAAGCCAUGGAAAAGGUUAAGCUCAAGCAGGGGCUGAAAACUGCUAUGCUGAUUUCAAGCGAAGGGAACUUUUACUUGCAGACAAGCCAAUUUUGGAAACUUUACAAGGAAGAUAAACCUUUGUGUGCAAUUGUUAUAAGAACUGCUGCUGGUUUAGUACACCUUCUUGCUCAGUUGUUAGAACCUUUCAUGCCAUCCUUUUCUUGUGAGGUAUUUAAACAGCUAAAUUUGCCUCCACAAUUUUCUCUCUCCGACGAGAGGGGAGAGGUAUUACUAGCAAGUAAACCAUGGGAGAUUCUGCCUCCUAGCCACAGGAUAGGCACCGCUCAACCUUUGUUCAAGGAGUUGGAAAACGAUGAAGUGACACAGUACAGAGAAAAGUUUGCUGGAAGUCAGGCUGAUAGACGUGCUAGGGAUGAAGCAGCAAAUUUGACAGAUCAGCUUAAUAAAACAAAACUUUCAGAUGCCAAGAAACAAAAGGCAUCAUCAUCAAAAGGCGGAGGAAAACCAAAACCUCAACCAGCUGCUGAUCGUGAAAUAACUAUGGCAAGACUUGAUAUUCGAGUCGGAAAAAUUGUGAAGGCUGAGAGACAUCCUAAGGCAGAUACAUUGUAUGUUGAAGAAAUUGAUGUUGGGGGUGGUGAAAUUCGCACUGUUGUUAGUGGACUGGUCAAAUAUAUACCUCUAGAGGAAAUGCAGAAUCGUAUGGUUUGUGUUCUUUGUAACUUGAAACCGGCGAAAAUGAGGGAUAUUGUGUCGCAAGCAAUGGUUCUUGCAGCUUCCAGUAGUGAUGGAAGCAAGGUGGAGUUAGUUGAGCCCCCUGAAUCUGCUAAUAUUGGAGAGCGAGUUACAUUUCCCGGGUUUGAAGGCGAGCCAGACGAUGUCUUAAACCCAAAGAAGAAAGUAUGGGAGACACUUUUGGUGGAUCUAAACACAAAUGAGAAUCUAGUUGCUUGCUACAAAGAUGUUCCCUUCACUACAUCUGCAGGUGUAUGCAAAGUUUCAUCCAUCAGCAAUGGCACAAUCCGGUAAAAGCUUCCUUGAGCCAUAAGUCAUCUAAUUUUCUCCAUUUCUAUCUUUCACUGUAAGGGGGAAACGAAACGUAUUUCUGAGAUUUUCAUUUGAAAAUUUGAUUCUAAUUACAAACAGGUUAUUGUAAACUUUAAAGCUUGUUACAAUUUUGGUUAUCGAUUGAUGUUGUGGGAAACAUUCAGCUUCUUAAAUUGGGCCCGGACGCAAAGCAAGCCACAAUUUCCGAUUUCAAAUCUUCUAUUAUGGUACUAGUUGAUGUUUGGUUGAUGUUGAUAUAUUCUUAUUUUUUAAUAAUCUAAUUCUCGUGUUUAAAA